AAUUGAUAAAUACCAACCUGACCAUACACAGGUCUCGAGUUACCAAUCUAUUGAAUUUCCUUUUACAUUCCUGGUGUUUGGAAAAACGGCAGAUGAGUCUGACUAGUGUCUUCUUUGUUGCACUUUGGACUUCAACUAAACUCCUUUAUAAGAACGACUUCUAAUAUCAAGAAAUUAAAAGGCAUUAGACGCCUCAAGGGAGUUGCAUACUAGGAAACUGCCAAGUUCAUUUCAUUUGUACUCUGCUCGUUCUGUCCUCAUCUUCCUUCAGACAAGAAGGUGCAGCUCUACACAGCACUGACCAGCGGGGAAGAUCAGGUGACGAUGCUGCAAAUCCUCGAACCGUAUCACCUGCCGCCGCGACAUGCGCAAGAUCAGCACAUCGUGUUCCUGGCAGACCUCGCUUGUCCCAACAUCUCUGAAUACUUCAAAGCGAGCAAUAUAAAACAGCAUUUCCGCUCUCCGUUUCGUUGGAUCCUGAUCGCAAGCGUUGCAGACGACACGUCGCAAGGUGGAGUCCCCGGGGCUAUUGACGAUAUCGAGGUGCUACCAGAUGCUGAAGUAAUGGUCGCUCAGCCCACCAGUAAUACUUCUUAUGAUCUUUAUUUCAUUUAUAAAAUCGGCAACGGUAAACCAUGGUGCACAGAGCCGUUCGGGGUGUGGGACACUCAGGCCGGGUUCCAGCAGACGAACCAGCUGGCCUCCACAGCUGAUAGAAGACUCAACCUGAAUGGCUAUGAGAUACCAGUGUGCUACGUUCUCACUGACAAUGACAGUGUCUACCAUCUGACAGAUGGAAUAAACGAUCACAUAGAUACAAUCACGAAGGUAAACUUCCGUACAACAAACCACUUGCUGGACUUCCUCAACGCCACCAGAAAGUACGUGUUUGCCAACACCUGGGGGUAUAAGGUCAACGGCACGUGGAAUGGCCUCACCGGGUACCUGAUCAGAAACGAAGUAGAAAUCGGAGGUUCUCCGAUGUUUUUCACGUCCGAACGGAUAUCUGAAGUGGACUACAUAUCGAGUCCAACGCCAACUCGGUCUAAGUUCGUGUUCCAGCAGCCCAAGUUAUCCUAUGAGAACAACCUGUUCCUCCUCUCAUUCAAGACCACUGUCUGGUACAGCCUACUAGGACUUAUCUUCUUGAUGUUCCUGGCACUCCUAGCUGUCGCCAUUUGGGAAUGGAAAAGAACAAAAAAUGAUUUACAAAGGGCUUCCGACGCGGGUGUUCUAAGAGGCAAUGUGCAAGAUGUCGCUCUUCUUAUUUACGGGGCAGCCUGCCAGCAGGGAAGCACGGUGGAACUGAAAGGGUCCCUAGGUCGCGUGGUGAUGCUAGUCCUAUUCCUAGCUCUAAUGUUCCUCUACACGUCGUAUUCUGCCAACAUCGUGGCUCUGUUGCAGUCCAGCUCAUCGCAAAUCAGGUCCUUAGAAGACCUUCUGCACUCUAGACUGAGGUUCGGAGUACAUGACACUGUCUUCAAUAGGUAUUACUUCUCGACAGCUACAGAGCCUACUAGGAAAGCUAUUUAUCAGACCAAAGUGGCACCCCCCGGUACCACCCCCCGAUUUAUGACAAUGGAGGAAGGGGUCAAGAAUAUGCAAAAGGGUCUAUUCGCGUUUCACAUGGAGACCGGUGUGGGGUACAAAUUCGUCGGCAAGUUCUUCCAUGAAGGCGAGAAAUGUGGGCUGAAGGAGAUCCAGUACCUGCAAGUGAUAGACCCCUGGCAGGCGGUGCGGAAAAACACGCCUUACAAAGAGCUAUUUAAGAUUGGGAUGAAACGCGUUCAAGAACAUGGUCUACAGAAAAGAGAGAACCAUCUGUUGUACGAAAAAAGACCGAAGUGCUCUGGCCGAGAGUCGAACUUUGUAUCAGAAGUACGAAAAUGGAGGUCCUUUGUUUAAAGUUGCACGAAUUUCUAUUAUUUCGGCGGAAUCAACAAGGAUAGCGAAUAGCCAUACAAUAAGUGUGAGUGAGACAACAUCAUACAAUAAAUACAAUAGGACGAUUGGCAGCCGGGUGAACUUUCAGUCAGUUCAGUUUGCCACUUUCAUCUUCAACGUGCGCACGCGCUUUUCUCUGUUCUGAGACUCUAUCCUGUUUAUUCUGUUGUAUUUGUUACCACUGUUGAGUUUGUUAAUAUUCCUCUUGAGUUUGUUAGUAUUUUUGUUGACUUUGUUAGUGUUAUUGUUGAAUUUGUUGUUGUUGUCUUGGCAAGAUGUCCAGUCAUGUUGGUGCCAGGCAAUGUUUUUUGUUGUGGUGUAAGCACUGUUCGUGGCCCGCGCCGAAGAUCUCGGCGUCCUAUACAGUCUUACUUGACAACUGAAGAUUAUAUUGCUAGGCACCCCAACAUCCUGAAUUAUGCUCGCCACUUAUUUGACGAUCGAGAGCUAAGUAAUCUUAUUUGAACAUUGAAAAAUUAAAAAUCUCAGUAUGCAGUGUAUCUGGUAUCUAUAUAGUCCCUGGUCAGUAUAAUACAUAAAAUGACAAUGUAUAAUUCAGCUCGUUUCUCAAUCGUGCUUUUCAUAAUCGAAAUGUCAUAUGAAAAAAAUUCGUGUAUGGAAAUAAUAUAUCCUACUUUAUCGAAGCUCUCAUUAUGUAGCGUCUUAGACGAAUAGUAAUCAACGCAAAACAUUUUUAACAGAAAGUCGUCAACUUAUCUCUAUUAUAAUUAGCCAGAGAUAGCUCUUACGCCAAGCGUAUCACUUGUGUACCAGACUUACGCUUUCAAUAGAUUUUAUAGCCAACUAUUACCACUUAAUUAUGUAUAAUAAAUGAUAUUUGCAUUUUUUUGUAACAGUAGAGAGUAAUCAGUUCAUAUUAAUGCAAGCACAACGGUAAGGCUGUUUUUUCAUCUGACAUGUGCUACGUUGCUAGGUUUAAUAUCCACCAAUCAGAUAAUUGGGUCUGAUUCUGAUCGGCACAAUGAACCCGAUUGUAGGGUAUGCAACGUAGCAUCUAGCAUGUUACUGGUGGAAACGCAGUCUAAAUGUGACGUACGUACUUCAUUAUUGAUGGAACAGUAUUAUUAUCGUUUCCAGCUAACUACGCAAUACCGAAUAUGCCACAUUUAAAAGAGUAAGUGAGGAUUGCUUGCGCCCUAAUAAAUGCCUUCGGAAAACGGGUGACAGAUCACCCACUCGUAAAUGAAAUAAUCAACGAUAUAUACCUUAAGCACGACGCCCCAAACUAUCUGUGCGAGUUUGUAAUACAAAACAAUUUAAAUCAACGCAGAGCCGCUUUCCAAGCUAUAAACUCAAGUGAAGGCUUUCAACAGUUUCCCCAUCUUAUCAUAUGAGGAUCUGUUGAUAAUGUCUCUGGGGCCGUAUCAAGUGCCGCAGGCAAGAAGCUACUAUGGCGAACACCUAAAAGAAAACGGAACGUUUUUCAUUGAAGUGUAUGAAGAUUUUGAAGUUGACUAUAAUUUAAAUCAAUACAACAUAGUAGUUUGUGAUCCUUGGCUGACAAGAGCUAAAAUACACUCGAGGCACCAGAGCAACAGAAUUUAUUUUGUAUAUAUCUUGCUAAAUAAUAGUUUGAAAAACAGAAAUAAACUUGUCGGUCACUAUUGCAGCUGUAUAGUUGGAAAACGGACACUCGGGUGCUGUGCUCAUGUCAUGUGCAUAGUUUGGUAUAUGGGAUGGGCUCGGCACCAAGAAAUUCAACCCCCUGCUGCCUUUUUAGAUCAAGUUAUUAUUUCUGAUGAAGAAGAAGAUUGAUUAUUCAAGAAGACUGAUAUUCAUUAUCCUAAUAGGUACGAAUUUGUAUAAAAAAAGCCUAUUUGUUAUAAGUAUAUACACUGUAUGUAUUCAAUAACAAUUAGUAUUGAUUUCAUUUUUAAGCAAAAUAUAAAUAACUAUAUGACUACUUUUACGAUGUUUUAUUUCAUACUUAUAAAAACACAACUAAGAAAAUCGAUGAAUAAUUGAACAAUGUGUUCAUGUAAUAUGAUUGUUAUGAACUAAACAGCUUAAGGUCCCGUUGCAUUGAAGGCACACACCCCAUUGGUGUGUCUAUACGAACUAGGUAUGUUCCAUACACUGCUGUAAAGUAAAGUAGUCCUAAAAGCGAAUUUUCACACCCCACCUGCUUUCACUGUGAUUAGACAUUUAAGCUGCCUUUCAUUGAAUAAACAUAAAAACUCAAAAAGUGUGAAAUUGUUAGACAGUCAUAGCAAAUAACUUUGAGCGUGAUUACCACGAUAAUAAGUCAUGAGCUGUACAUCUCACGACUCGUUUCUGGAUUUCUUUUAAGUUACACAUAAAAGUAAGUUAUAGAUAUUUAUUUUAUCUAUUUUCUAUUUAUUUAUUUUUCAAUAAAGUAAAUAUGUGGUAUAUUAAACACUAAUAUUCCAUGCAUAAUCACUU